AAUACCAUCUACAAAAAAAAUAAAAAUCUCUAUUGAUAUACUGGAUGAAAAAUAUCUUUCCAUGAUUUUUUCUCAUCUGAAAAUUAAUGAUCGUCUUCAGAUGGAAAAAGUGUGUGAAAAAUGGAAAGCUGGAUGUCAAUUGAUGUGGAAAAACAUCAGUACUUUUGCUACUGGUGACAAAAAAUUUAAUGUCCAAUAUGGACUAAAUCGUCAACCAAAUGAUGAUGAUGUUAAAAAUGCAUUAAUAAAAUGUGGUGAAUACUUGAAUCAUGCUUCAUUUUCUUUGUCUGAAAAUCCUACAAUUUUAUCAGCAAUCACUGAUUAUUGUUGUAAUCUUGUUUCACUUGAACUCAUUUUACAUGCCAAUGCAAAUGUCAAUGAUUUUACUGAUGCAUUUAAAAAAAUGAUUAAACUACGAAGUAUAAAUAUUUUAUUUGUUAACAAUGACAGAAAAAAUAAUUAUGCUGAUGAAGUAGAAGAUGAAACACCACAUAAUGACGAAAAGAUUUUACAAAGCCUUCCAAUUGACAUGGAAAAUAUAUCAUUGAUAUCAGACGAACUUCGUUGGAGUAAAUAUCCAGAUGAAUACUGUGACGAUGAAAACGAAGUAUCACAAUUUGUUAAAAUCCUCAACAAGUUUAAUUCACUACGUUCUUUGACACUUUCAAAUUACGAAAUCGGUGAAAAUGUAAUGGACAUUAUUUGUCUAAAAGGAUCACUGGCUUAUCUUGAUUUAUCAAAAUCAAAAUUAAAUGGUCCAAAUCCAGCAAUAUCAAAUCUCAUUAAUCUUGAACAUUUAGAUCUCAGUUUUGUCGGUGAUUAUAUUGAUGACAAUGUUGUUAUUGAAAUAAUUAACAGCUGUAAAUAUUUAAAAUAUUUUGAUCUCAGCAUGUGUGGAGAAAUAACGAAAGCAUCUUUAAUCAAACUUGAAAAAUUAAAAAAUAUACAAGUCUUAUUACUCAAUGAAGUUUAUGAUGUUGAUGAUGACAUUGUAAAUUCCUUGGUUAAUCUUAAAAAAUUUGGAUGCUCAAAAUGUGAUGGAGUAACUGAUGUAAGUGCCAUGAAAAUUAUUCAAAAUUCACCAGGGCUUGAGAGCUUGAUUUUAUAUUAUACUGAAAUAACAACUAAAACUCUUCAAUAUGCAUCUGAAGUUUUAAAAAAACGUGACAAUGGUGUUAAAUUAAUUGUUUAUACAAGUUGUGAUGUUAUAAAGAGUUUUGAUAAGACUGAUACAUCAUCAUUGCUGGAUGUUCAACGUUAUAAUGAUCCAAAUGGCUUUGAUACUGACAAUUACUAAUUAUAUUUUUAAUAUUGUUAGAAAUUAAGAAAAAAAAGACCGUUGGUAAGUUUUAUGUUUGAUGACUGACACAAUUUUUUUAAUUUAGAAAAU